GGCUGUGUAAGUCGAGUGGUUAAGAGGUCAGGAAGAACCACCCGGAAUAUUGGUCCUGCCGGAGGAACUCCCACACGGGGAGAGGCUCUUGAGGGGAGUGGGCAUUACGCAGGGAGCUAGUGCCGGUAUCCGGCUCGUAGGCUGCGCAGGCUCCUUCCAGCCUCCUGUGGCCGCCUACGCGGUGGAAAGCCAGGGCCUCGGCGCACGCGCAGUGAGGUUCCACGUGAGCGCCUGCGUUCCUUCUCAAACCGAGAGAUGCCGCCGGAUCGGAGGAGCCGAAUGAGACUGGACCGACGAGCCAGAGCGAGACCAGCCCGGAAGACCCAAAUGAAGCUGGACCGGAGAGCCGGAGUGGGGCCAGGCGGGCCGGCCCGAAGGUCUGCUCUUUCGUCCCAGCGGAAACCACCGGCCCCGCGGCGGGCAGCGGCCGCUGCGAUGGCAGUAGCGGCGGAGGAGGAGAGACGGCUCCGGCAGCGGAACCGCCUGACGCUGGAGGAGGACAAGCCGGCUGUGGAGCGGUGUCUGGAGGAGCUGGUCUUCGGUGACGUCGAGGAAGACGAGGACGCGCUGCUGCGGCGUCUGCAGGGCCCACGGGUUCAAGUACGGGAAGACUCAGGUGACUCAGAAGUGGAGAAUGAAGCAAAAGAUGAUUUUCCACCUCAAAAGAAGCCAGUUUGGCUGGAUGAAGAAGAUGAAGACGAGGAGAUGAUUGACAUGAUGAACAAUCGUUUUCGGAAAGGUAUGAUGAAAAAUGCUACUGAAAGUAAACUUUCAAAAGACGAGCUACAAAAGAGACUUAAAGAAGAGUAAGUGUCCUUUUCCAUUUGU